AUGCAACACGCGCUUAUUUUUACUAAUUUAUUUCUUAAUUUAUUCAUGUCAGUAUCUCCAUCGAAAUUUGAUCCAUGCAAUCUUCGGUCAAAUAAAUUCGCUCGAAUUCUAUCCAAACCGCUAGGAGAUCAGAUCUUACAUAAAAUACCAGGUAUAGGUAUGCAUACUUCUGAAAAACUUCAAAAAACGAAACGAAUGACAAAAGCCGAAGAUCUAUUAAGAGAAUUCACUCAUACAUUUCGAUCUGAUGAUGAACAGUUUCGUUUAUGGCUGAUGAAAGACUAUGCAUUGCCUGAAUAUCGCGCGACAGAAUGCACAAUUGCAUUAAUCGAUUAUAUUGCUCAGGCGAAGAAGAACUACUGGCCAUUACCAUAG